AUGACUGGAAGGAAUCCUUUGCGGGAUUUUCCGUCAGUCGGCUCAUCAAUAUCCACCGCUCUGUGACUCCCCCGGCAAAGUUAGCUGCUCAUAUUUCACAGUUCCCGGUUUGUAAGAGAACCCAACAUUACAGACCCGCUUGCAAUCAGCCCACUCCCCGCGUUUCCGCGAAUCAAUCCAUUUAAGGAAGAGCCCACCCCGUCGAUAAGAAAUUGGGGAGGGGGUUAUUUAUCCUUUGGACAUCCCUAAAGGAAGAGGAGAUGGAAGAUCAGGCGAAAGUGCAGAUAGUCACUAUAAUGGGCAAAUCCGAAAGCCAGAUGGACAUCGUGGAGAAAUCGACAAAAUCAGCCAAGAAAAGUUGGAGUUUCGUUGAGAUUGCACUAACCGUGCUGCUCCUUCUCAUGACAUGUGCAGUGGUGGCGCUGGUUGUGUUGUACACGAGCCAGGGAGACAAACAGUUCUCCAGCAAUUUGGACAAUGUGUGCAUGACAUCGGGCUGUGUGGCUGCGGCUGCAAGGAUAAUCCAGAAUAUGGAUCCAUCUGCCUCACCAUGUGAAGACUUUUACAGAUAUGCCUGUGGGGGGUGGCUGAAUCGGCAUAUUAUACCAGAGACCAGCUCUAGAUACAGUAUAAUUGAUAUUCUAAGUGAUGAACUGGAAAUCAUUCUGAAAGGUGUUUUAGAAAUGCCAGUUGAUGGAAACCGUGAAGCUUUUAGGAAAGCUAAACAGCUGUAUAAAUCCUGCAUAAAUGGCAGUUUAAUUGAGGAAAGGGACUCUGAGCCACUCUUAAAUCUGUUGGAUGAAAUUGGAGGAUGGCCAGUUGCCACAUCUGACUGGGGUACCACGAAAGAGCCUGACUGGAGUUUGGAGACCAUCCUACCACAACUCAAUGCCCAUUACAACAAGAGAGUUAUUGUGGAGAUGUUUGUUUGGACUGAUGACAGAAACUCGAGUAAACAUAUCAUUCAUGUUGAUCAGCCCAAUCUGGGGAUGCCUUCCAGAGAUUAUUAUUUCAGAAAUGGAAACUACAAGAGGGUGCGUGAAGCUUAUUUGCAAUUUAUGAUCAUAAUUGCUAAGAUGAUCAGGGAAGACAGAAACGUGACAAAAAAUGACACUUUUGUUAAAGAAGAAAUGACAAAAGUCCUGGAGCUUGAAAUUGAUUUGGCAAAUGCUACUGCACCUCCAGAGGAAAGGCACGAUAUUACAAAACUCUAUAAUAGAAUGACACUUCCAGAGCUUCAAGUGAAAUUUGAUCUCAAUGGAUUUAACUGGACGCAAUUUUUUCAAGGGAUCAUGGCUAGUGUCAAUAUUGAAGUCCAUCCAGAAGAAGAAAUUGUGGUCUAUGGCACUGAAUAUCUUCAGAAACUUAAGUAUAUCCUCCCCAAAUACUCAAAGAGUACUCUUCAGAACUACCUAGCUUGGCAGCUGAUCAUAGAUUGUGUUAGAAACUUAAGUCAGCGUUUUAAGGAUGCCCAAGCCAACUACCGGAAGGCAUUGUCUGGUACUAGUAUGGAAGAAGCUCGUUGGCGAGAAUGUGCCAGCUACAUUAACAGCAACAUGGAAAAUGCAGUGGGAGCGCUCUAUGUGAGAGAGGCAUUUGCUGGCGAGAGCAAGAGAAUGGUAAAGGAUUUAAUUGAUAAAAUUCGAGAAGUGUUUAUUGAAACAUUGGAUGAGCUGGAGUGGAUGGAUGCAGCUUCCAAGCAAAAAGCACAAGGAAAGGCCCUGGCAAUAAAAGAGCAAAUUGGAUAUCCAGACUACAUCUUGGAAGAAGACAAUCCCAGGCUGGAUCAGGAAUAUGAACAUCUAAACUUCAGUGAAAACAAAUACUUUGAAAAUGUCCUUGAAAAUCUGAAAGCAGCAGCACAGAAAGACCUUAAGAAACUACGGGAGCAAGUGAAUCAAGAUGUAUGGAUGAUUGGAGCUGCAGUUGUAAAUGCUUUUUAUUCACCUAAUCAAAACCAGAUAGUAUUUCCAGCUGGGAUUCUACAACCUCCAUUCUUCAGUAAACACCAGCUUCAAGCACUAAACUUUGGAGGAAUUGGCAUGGUGAUCGGCCAUGAAAUAACGCAUGGAUUUGAUGACAAUGGCAGAAAUUAUGAUAAAGAUGGCAACUUGUAUGAUUGGUGGAGCAAUUUCUCAGCCACGCAUUUCAAUGACCAAUCCCGCUGCAUGGCUCAUCAGUAUGGAAACUAUACGUGGGAUUUAGCUGGUGGACAGAAUGUGAGCGGCAUCAGUACUUUGGGUGAAAAUAUCGCAGACAAUGGAGGUGUCAGACAAGCAUACAAGGCUUAUUUAAAAUGGGUGAAGAAUGAAGGUGAAGAAGUGAAACUGCCUGGCUUGGAUCUGACACACAAACAACUUUUCUUCCUUAACUUUGCACAGGUGUGGUGUGGGUCAUACAGGCCUGAGUAUGCCAGUCAAUCAAUUAAAACUGAUGUUCACAGCCCACUGAAGUUCAGAGUCAUUGGUUCCCUCCAGAACUUUGAAGCUUUUGCUGAGGCCUUCCAGUGCAAAACAGGGAACGCGAUGCACCCAGCCAAGAAAUGCCGAGUAUGGUAACCAAAGACGAACGGCACUGUUUGUUCAACCAUCAAAACCUUCAUUGACUUACCUGAACGCUGACAGAAGCCAAUAUACGUGCCUAAUCCACUCUCUCCAAUCAAUCACAACCAAGGACAUCGCUCUUGUUUUCUGCUGCUCCAUGUGUGUACAAACAAAAAGGAUAAUUAGUGGGGAAUUGGUUGUUAGACUGGUUAAGCAAGUCCUUUGAACACUGACUGUUAUACCUAAAUAUGACUGUUAAUGAAUACUUGCAUUCAGUAAUAACAUAAGGGUGCUUCAGCCUGCUAAGAAUUGCUUGUACAAGAAGAUACAGCAAUGUGUUAGCGAGUUUGAAUAGAUUGCAAACUUUUAUAAUUUGGUUUAAAAAUAGGGCAGAAGAUACAGUGAGAUUAACUGGGGCUAUUGUUGCACACUGGCUCAGGUUUGUCCCAAGAGCAAGACUGAAUGAAUGUUCACUUUCUUCAUGCCAAGGCUACAACUUGUUACAAUGGUGUGUCCCAGUUGCUUAUAACUGUUUCAAGUACUUUAUUUCCCAAAGUACUCAUAGCUCAAGGCGUAUUGUGUGUUAUUUCAAUGUUAAUAUUUCGUAAGAGGAAACUUUCUCCAGUGCUGCUGUGCAAUAUAAAUUUCAAUAAGCGGUAUUUGAAAAUCUUUUAUAAUAGCAUUCUGUUCAAUGUGCUUUAGUUUAAGUAUGAAGUCUUUUACCGGCUGCACCUUAUUUGUAACAUAUUUAAAUAUAUAUAAUCUAUGAUUUAUACUGUAUUGUUUAUAUUCAGAAAAAAAAUCUGGCAAAAUGUCUU